AUGAGUAAUACUGAUUCAUUUGCCAUUGUACAUUUUCCUCAAAAUCCAAAGAUAACAACUGAAGAUAUAGUUGAUAUUCAAUUUAAUGCGACAACAACAAAUAUAAAAACAGCUGAUUUAACAUAUGAAGGACAUGGAAUAAAAUCAUCUGAUUUAUGUGGUAUUCUUGGUUUUGUUGAUGAUCAAGGUCAUAUACAUCUUUCAUCAAAUUUUCAUUUAUAUACAAUGCGUCCAAAAUUAACAGAUUUUAAUAUACAAUUAGAACAAAAUUUAAAUAAUGAAGAUAAUAAACUUAAUAGAACUGAUCUUGAUGAAAAAUUUGGUACAGAAAAAAAACGUCGUUCUGUACAUUCAAAAAAACGUAAUACAAUAGAAGUCAAUGUUCUUGAAACAGCUGUAUCAGCUGCACGUGAACAAGUACUUCAAACAAGUAAUGAACAAUUAAAUGAAACAAUAAUUAAUAAUAAUAUAAGUUCAUAUAAUGAUGAUGAACAAAUGGCAAUACCAAAACCAAAUUAUGAUGCACAAAAACCAGAAGAUACUUUUAUUCUUGAUGAUAUUCUAAAUGAAAAUGAUUUAUUAUUAUUACAUGAUAAAUGUAGUCAAAUAGUUGAUGCAACUAAAGAUGAUAUACAAAGAUGGUCAAAAGAAGGUACUUAUACAUCAUUCGUAUGUGAUCAAAUGAAAAAAUUACCUACUAAUCAUGCUGAACGUGUGAAAUAUGCAUCAAAAGUUCUUUAUUUACAUUAUCUUAUUGCUUUUUUUAAACGUUCAAUAUUUAAACGAUUAUCUGGAAAACCAUUUCCUGAUGAUGCUCCGCGUUCUUUACAGGAUAAAGCUUUACGUAUUUAUGCUAUUGCUAAUAUUAAUGAACGUACACGAAAACAAGACAAUACUGUACCACCUCGUCUUCGAUUAAAAUUAACUGCACAUAUAUGCAUUUUAUCUUUGUAUAUCUGUCGUUUUACGGUAGAUAUCGAUAAUUUACGUUUAUCAUUGGGCAGUUCGAUAGCAGUAUCAAAAUUACAAGAUAUAUUCACUGAACUUGGUUGUAAAAUAAUAAAAGUAGCACAUACUAAUGUUGCAACACUUGAAAUACCAAUAAAUAAACCAAAAUUAAAAGAUGCAUCAUCUUUUUCAUCAAAUAGAAAACGAAAAAGAACAACUUAA